CAUUAAAAAAUGUUGACAUUGACAAUUCAAUGAAGAAGAUUAAAUUUUUCCUUCGUCUUUUCAAUUUUUCCUCAUUUAUUAUUUUUAUUGUAUUGUUAUAAUUUCCCUGAUACUACUUUUUCAUUUGUUAAUAUUUUAUUUUGUAUAUAAAUGAAUUACUAUGUAACUACUAGUGUUAGAAGAGACUACACUAUUAUUUACAACCUUGCUCCUUGAACUCGGUGGAAUUCGAUAAUAAGAACUUAUAAACGUAAACAAUGUCUGAUAAACCAGUGGUAGCAAGUGGUAAUCAACCUAUUGUUAAAAUAGGUCACUAUACAUUAGGAGCUACCUUGGGAGUGGGCACAUUCGGUAAAGUGAAGAUUGGAGAACAUCAACUGACAAAGCACAAGGUCGCAGUUAAAAUUCUUAAUCGACAAAAGAUUAAAUCCUUAGAUGUCGUCGGUAAAAUUAGACGUGAAAUACAGAACCUUAAGCUAUUCAGGCAUCCCCAUAUUAUUAAAUUGUACCAGGUGAUAUCUACACCAACAGAUAUAUUUAUGAUAAUGGAAUAUGUGUCUGGUGGUGAACUUUUUGACUACAUUGUUAAAAGAGGUAAACUUCAAGAACACGAAGCCAGGCGUUUCUUCCAGCAAAUCAUAUCAGGUGUAGACUACUGCCAUAGACAUAUGAUUGUUCAUAGAGACUUAAAACCAGAGAAUCUUCUGCUAGAUCAUAAUAUGCAUGUAAAGAUAGCAGACUUUGGCUUGUCUAAUAUGAUGAUGGAUGGAGAAUUUUUGAGGACAUCCUGUGGAUCACCUAAUUAUGCCGCCCCUGAGGUUAUAUCGGGUAAACUUUAUGCUGGUCCGGAGGUUGACGUGUGGUCAUGUGGAGUAAUUCUAUAUGCACUACUCUGUGGGACUUUGCCGUUUGACGAUGAACAUGUACCCACAUUGUUCAGAAAAAUCAAGUCAGGAAUUUUCCCCAUACCUGAGUACUUAAAUAAAAGUGUCGUUAGUCUCUUAUGCAACAUGUUACAAGUUGACCCCAUGAAGAGGGCAACUAUCGAAGAUGUCAAAAAACAUGAGUGGUUCCAGAAAGAUCUACCUGGUUAUUUGUUCCCGUCUCCCGUGGAGCAGGUGGACAGUAGCGUGAUAGACACAGAGGCGAUCGCCGAAGUGUGCGACAAGUUCGGUGUACGCGAGAACGAAGUCCACAACGCUUUGCUCAGCGGAGACCCGCACGACCAGCUCGCCAUAGCCUACCAUCUCAUCAUAGACAACAAGAGAAUCGCAGACGAAGCCGCUAAGGCCGAAAUCAAAGAGUUCUACGUCGCCAGCAGCUCGCCGCCCGCCAGCGCCGACAGCGCGCGCCCGCACCCCGAGCGCAUCGCGCCGCUGCGCGACAAGGCGGCGCCCGCCGCGCAGCCGCAGCACGACAAGCAGAGGGGCACGCCCGUCAAACGGGCAAAGUGGCACCUAGGAAUCCGAUCUCAGAGCAAGCCCAACGACAUAAUGUUGGAAGUAUUUCGUGCUAUGAAAGCACUCGACUACGAGUGGAAAGUCAUCAAUCCUUAUCAUGUCAGAGUUCGCACCUUGAACAAGAUGACACAGAAACACAUCAAAAUGUCGCUCCAACUGUACCAAGUCGACUACAAGUCCUACCUCCUCGACUUCAAGUCUCUUUCCGGCGAGAAGGAGGACACGGAUGAGGAGGCCUCGCCCCUCGCCCCGUCCCCGUCCCCCUCACUCCCUCCGCCGGUUCCCACUCAGCCCCAGGGUCACCACACCAUGGAAUUCUUCGAAAUGUGUGCAGCACUCAUUAUUCAACUAGCUAGGUAAUGUUUUAAAACGAGUUUUCCAUUUGCCUUUAACUUCGUAGUUAAAGGUCGUAGUAACUUCUAGCCAGUCCUUAUCGAAUAUUACAAUUGAAUAGAUGCGUUUUUGGUCGUCGAAUAUGCUUUUUUGUGUAAUAAUGAUGUACUAUUUUUAGAAAAGCUUUAUUACGUCGAUAUUCAUAAACCUUAAAUUCAUACACCACUUGCGGAAGUUUAAUUAGCUUUUAGAUAAUAGUGUAACUUGUAAUUGCUCCCAGUCCAUACUUAAAUAAAAUCCCAAGAUAUUGUAUGAAAAUUGUAGGUACAAUAAAUAUUUAAAUGCAUACAAUUCGGUCCCAAUACUGAUAGUUUCAGUUAUUUUUUAUAAUUUGUACAAAUUACUUCAAAGCUAUAUACUAUUGACACAUAGUACUGUCAUGAUAACUUGUUUAUAAAUAGUAGUCAAUUUACCUUUUAGAGUAAGUAUAAACCGUUUCGAAAUUAAUCACUUAUUUACAUAACAUUUACAGGCAUAAGCAAUAGCACUAGUAUUAUAUAAACAAUUAUUUUGUACAUCCUGUAUCAGAAAAUGUAAAAAAAACGCCCCAAAUCGGCCUCAGUAUAAGAACAUAAGAAUUAUUCAAUAAAUGCUUGUUUAUUUCUAAUAAGAAAUACUUUAACAUUUUGCUAGUUCGUUCCCACAAUAUUAAAAAUAAUUUUGAUGUCCUGCUCAUUUUGUUAACAAAAGAAAGAAAAAAAAAAUAAACUCUCCAAAGCGUUUGUAAUAUUCAAACUAUUUAAAUAUAUGAAAGUUAUAAUUAAAUAUAUUGCUUGAAUAAGAAAAUAACUUUGUUAAUUUGUUAAAUAGAGAUAUUAAAUUAAUUAAAAAACAGCAACUGACAUUGAAUUACCAUUAUGCCAUUAGUGUUGUAAAUUAUGGUUUUAUGCAAACAUGGAGGUUUCAAUGUCGGCGAAGUUACUAUCGGAACUUUGUAAGUAAAAUUAAAGUAUAUAAGUAGGUAAAUGAGGAAUAGGGUUGUAUUAUAAAUAAAGAUAUAUUAAUCAAAUGUUUGGAGUGUAAUAUAGCAGAGCUAUUAGCAAAUUGCAUGAGAUAUGUAAAUCUAAGGUUUGUUUAUAUUUACUUCUUCAAUUGGAAUAAGGUAAGAUUGUAUUGUCACCAGCGUCAAGUGUCAGUCAUGGUUUUGGUUGGUACCGGUUUAAAAUUAAUUUCCGGGAUUAGACCCACACAUACUAACAGCUGAAGUUAAAUAAAAGCUAAUCAAGCUAGUAUUAGUAAUGUAUAAGAUAUGUGGAUACAUGUUGUAAAUAAAGAUUGUAAAGAAAGAGAUCCCAUGUCGACACGAGUGUCAUUACCAAAGAAAUAUUAAAGUGCCUUUUGUAUAAGUAAGAGCGUUAUUCCUGUAGUCUUGAGUACCUGGACAUUACUAAUUCCAUUCACCUUAAAUUUCAAUAUUAAACAUGUUAAUGUAUUACAUAAUAAAAUAAAAAUAGCAUACUGUUAAAUACAACGUCAUUAUUACAGAUAAUAUAAAAAAAUAGUUACCCAAAAAGUUGACAUGAAUGUUAUUAUUAUAAGAAUUUAAAAUUUACAUGCUGAAUAUUAUGAAUUCGAUUGAAUUUUAUACUUGUAAUUUAGUAAUAUAUAGAAGACUAUUAUUCUUAUAUACAUAUAUGAUUAAAAGUGGGCUGUUGAAUUUAAAUAAUUAUGAUGGUCAUUUGCGUCGAAUCAAAAUACAAGGAUUAAUUAAGUUCAAGGACGUGGUAUCAAACGUUGUAUACAUUUUUCAUCAAAGUUUACCAUGUGUGGUUCGUUAUUUAAAACGCUGAGCGAUAUUAUCUGUAUUUUUGAUCGAUGCACGUCACUAACCACUUGUAUUAAGCAAUAAUUUUAAACCCUCAUAUGACGUUGUUGACUAAUGCGAAAAAAACGUAGCUUUAAUUCUUUGACCAUAGCAUAGCUUCCUAUUAUAGAUCUACUAAAAACUUAAAGAAUAUUAAAUUAUUUAGAGCGCAAA